AUGGCUUUAGACUUAGCAAACAGGAACUGCACUGAGAAAUGGAAUUGGUCACAGAGGCAGUUAACUCUUCAGACUGGAGCAUCUGUCAACAUCCCAUGUCAUUAUGAUAUGAAAUAUAAACAAUAUAAGAAAUACUGGUGCUGUGAGCGUGCAACAGCAUUCAGUUACUGCACGAUUAUGGCAUAUGCCAACAAUACAAACAAGAAAGUGACAGUAACUGAUAAUCCAGCUCAGAGUCUCUUUACUGUCACUAUGAGGGAUCUACAGGAGAGAAACACUGGAGCAUAUUGGUGUGCAGUGGAGAUUUCAGGACUAUUUCAACCAGAUGUUAAAGCACAGCGAUAUAUCACUGUGAAAUCAGCUCCUGCUGUGUCUGUGACCAAGAGCAGAGUGAGUGGAGAGGAGGGGAGCAGUGUCAGUGUCCAGUGUCUCUACAGCGCUGCAUAUAAGAAAGAGGCGAAGAAGUGGUGCAGAUCUAUAGACUGGACCUGCUACACAGUGGGGAGGACCAACACAUCCCAGAAUUCAGCAGUGCAGAUCAGUGAUGAUGGGAAAGGCACCUUCACGGUGUUAAUGACUGGACUGAAAGACGCUGGCUGGUACUGGUGCUCCGCUGGAGGUCUAGAAGUUCCUGUUCACUUCGACGUCACUGAUGCGCUUGCAGUGACAACAGUGGUGACAGCACCUGACAAAGAGAAAACCAGCAUCAGAGAGACGACUCCAGACUCGCUCCGCAACCGUGGCGACCGCCUCCCCAUCUUUGCCUGCUCUGGCACCUGCGUCCCAUCUUCCAGGUUUUACUGCUUGUGUGGGGAGAGGCGUAUGACUCCUUUCUGCUGUCUGAAGUUGCUCCUUCGUAUUCACCAGUCUGCUCCUCCAGCUGUCGGAGUUCCACAGCCAGAAGCCACGCACAGGAGUCAUCUGAUGCCGAGCUGCUGGCUGUGUCCGUGGAACUGGACACUGAAGGUGCUUACGCCCAAGGGCUGGAACCAGACGUUGUCCAGAGAGCAGCGUCAGAGGGUCAGCCGAGGCUGGGAGGCUGGCACUGACCAAGAACCUGCGUCUGUGUUCGGCCACAGCCGUGUUCGUGGGGUGCACUUCUGCAUGGCAGUAGCGAGGAAGACCGUGGAGCAGUGGAUGGAGGAGAUGAAGAGGAGAUGCUGGACAGGUUCAGUGAUCUGCUGA